AUCAGAACAACCGGAAGUAUCAACAACUUCAAUGGCGGUCUAAACAAACUUGGAAAAAAUUGACUUUACACUUUUUCGACCUCAGCAACUAACUCAUAAAUGUUGAAGUAACAUCAUGGAGACUAACAGUGAAAUGUACCCUCCUAUCCAGCCGACAGAAAUGGGGACUGCAGGCAGUGGAGAGGAGAAUGACUUUGGAACACAGUUGUAUCAUGGAUAUACAAAGCCAGGAGAUAUAUCCUAUGGGUUUGGUAGUCCAACCAAAGAUUGGAAUCUGUCUAAAUCUUCUCCGUCACAAGAAGAUGGAAAACUUCGUCUUGAGAACAAUCAACUAAGAAUACAAGUUAAACAGUUCCAGUUAGACUUGCAAGCUGAACAAGAGACAGUGUCCCAGCUAAGAAGACGUUUAAAUGCUGUAGAAAAAGAAAGACUUGAAUCAACAAGUCGCUCAAAUACUGAGAUAUCUGAAUUAGAAGGAUCAGUAGCUAGACUGCGGUCCCAGCUAGAGAAAGGAGAAGCUAUUAGACAGAAUCUAGAGUUUGAACUAACCAAGUCAAGACGUGAUGUUAAUCAACAUAAACAGUCCAGUGCAGAAAAAAUAGCUAACUUUUCUGACAUCAGAGAAGAUUUGGAAAGAAAGAAUUUUGAACUGACAGAAGAACUGACAAAAAUGGAAGACAAAUUUCAGUCAACACGUCAAUCUUCAGAGGACAAAGAUAGAAAACAACAGAGGAAGAUGGAAGAAAAGAAUCAUGAGGUAUCCAAACUACAAACUGAGUUAGAAAUAAUGAGGGCAGAAAGAGACAAACUAGAUUCUCUGGUGCAGCAACAUGAAAAUGGUAUUGGAGAUAUGAGUGACAAAAUUCAAGAGUUGGAGAUUGAAAGAAAGAACCAGACAGAGAAUUUAAGAAGAACAUUGACAGAAAUAGAGUAUGCUAAAGAGAGGGAAGAUAGACUGAAGAAAGAUUUAGAGGCUGCAUUACAUAAACUGAGAAGCAUUGAAGAAAAUAUAGAAGCAGAAAGAGCAUCACAUUUAGAAACUAAAUUUAACUCUGAAAUUGUACAGUUAAGAGUGAGAGAUUUAGAGGGUGCAUUAGAUGUAGAGAAAUCAGCAAAUAAUGAAGCAAACAAAGCCAUUGACAGACUGACCAGACAGAUUAGAGAAUUAGAACAUUCUUAUGAUGAGGAAAGGAAGAAUGGGAAAGAACUGGGUGUUAAACUGGAAAGAACAGAAAAAGAAUACAAAUCAGUGAAGAAACAGCUAACAAAUGAAGUAGAUAACAAGAAGAAUGUGAUUGGUAGUUUGUCUAAAGAGUUAGAAGUCCAUCAGAAGAAUUUCAAUGAACUCAAAGAUGAGCUUAAUAAGGCUAAGAAAAGACAGAUAUAUUUAGAGGAGACGUAUGGAGGUAGCAUGAGAGAGUUAGAAUUACUGCUACACAAUUUCCAGGUUGAUGAAAAUCCUAAAAAAUCAAGAGGAAAGAAAGAAUCAGACAAGUUACCUGCCCCUACAACUGUUCUGGAGUCACUUAGGCAUACCUUGUCAGAAUACAAGAGAAGACUGGAAACUACGAGUGAUGAGCUGGUAAGAAUGAGGAAACUAUGUGAAAGUCUUGGAAAAGAGGUAGAUCAAUGUAAAGAGAUGAUCUGGGCCAAAGAUAAGUCAUUAGAGGAUGCUCAAAAGAACUACACUAGGACAGCCAAGGAAUUGAAUAGAGUCAGAUCAGAGUAUGGUGAACUGGAGAGUACUCUUACUAAGAUGAAGAUAGACCUUCAUAGUACAGCAUCAAAUCAGACCAAGGAUAGAAAGAGGGUCCAUGAAUUAUCAGAGGAGAUUAUGAAGCUUGUGAAAAGACAAAAGAAUAAUGAUGAAGAAAAAUUAGCUUUUCUCCAUGGAAUGUACCAAAGGCUGUUGGCAGGGCGAGUCAUGGUGUCAGCCAAAGACCAUGGAUUGAACCAGUUUUCCUGGGGUGAUUUAGCCAGUUUGGUGUAUGAUCAAGUAUCUGCCUUAGUAUCAUCUCAUCAAAGAGCUGAAGAAAAGGUACAUCAUUUAGAGGAAGCUUUAAGAGCCAAGGAAGGAGCUGUAGAGGAGAUACAGAAAUCAUAUGAAGAUCAACUAAACAAACUGACAUCACUCACUAAAGAAAGAGAACUGUCAUGGCAGAAACAGAAAGAAGAAAUAGAGGGACAUUAUCAACAGUUAUUAAAUGAGUUACAGAAUCGAUCUAAGAAAAGUCAGGCCAUGGCAGAUCAAGCUUGGGAGAAGAUCAGAAUGACAGGAAGUGUAAAACAGGGUCUAGAGGGAGAAGUUGUAGACCUCCGUCAACAGUUGACAGAGUCACGGAAACAUAACACAGCAUUGUUAGCAGCUAUUAGUUUGUUGUCAGGGGCUUUCUUUCCAUUGUGCUCUAGGAACAGUCAGUUGUCAUUACAGAGAAAGAUUUUAGAAGAUCAGUUAACUAACUGGGAGUUCUGUAGAGACAGGAUAGAACUGUUAGUGGCUACGUUAGGAGAGGAAAUGAAAGUAGUGAAGGAAGGGUCCAUAACAGAGAAAUCCAAACCAGUUAACUCUCGUAGACAACCAUUAUUAUUGUUCAGGGUGGGUGUUGUAACAGUGAUAGCAGCCAAUAGACUCAGAUGUUUAAGACAUAGCUGUUCACGAAUGUUUGUAACAUAUGAUACUGGUGUUUCACCACAGAACGGUUUAGUUGUUUGUACUGGAGGUGUUAAACCACCAACAAUUUCAAUCUCAGGUGCUAAAGAAGACUUUGAUCAUGAACAGCAGUCACCAGAAGUCAUGCUUCAAUGGUUUUCUAAUCCAGAAUUACUGAACACAAUUCUUACAUCAACCUCUGACUUCCUAGAGGUCAUAGACCAUGUCAAGGACAAAGAUAAAGCUUCUCAAACAGAAUCUCGAGCAGUUGUAAAUGCAGCUAAAAAUUGUUUCACCAAAUUAGUAGAUAAAAUUUCCAAAUACUUUGAGGGUGUACCUGGUCAGCCACAAAUGGCAUUCAGAGAAAGGAACUCUCUGGUCAGACAGAUGGGUCGAGCAUUAACUAGCACAUGUAAUAGGCAGACUCUAGAACAGAAGCAACAUUUAGUAUCAUUACAAGAAUUACUAGGUGCUUUACAGAAUCACAUUUUAGAUUUUACACAGAGGCUUCACACUGUAGAGGUUGAGAGAAGGAAUUUAAUGUGUGAAAUAGACAAACUAAAAGAAGAAAAUGAGAUGGGUCCUCAUAGAGGGGAAGUAGAACAACUACAAGAUGAACUUAAUACUCUAAAAGAUAAGGAAUUACAUAAUGUUAGUAUGGACAAAUUUGAAUCAGUAUGUCACGAACUGAACAAUGCUCUACGCAGAGAACAACAGGCUCAACAGUUAUUAAUAGAACAAGGGAGACAAUUAGAAGAAGUAACAAUGAGAUUAGAUCUGUACACAACAGAGGGGAUGGAGAAAGAACAGACCCUUACUGAAGCAGUUCAUGGUUUAGCAGAAACAAAGAUGGAAGUGAAACGUAAAGAGCAGACAUUACGUCAGUUAAACAGACAAGUUAUUACAUAUGAAGGGGACAAAAAGACAUUAACGCAGAAUAUUCAUGAUGCUGAGAAAGCUCUAAGGACUGUUGCAAAAGACAAAGAAAUAUUGAUUGUUUAUGUGAAGAAUGUGGAAAAUGCUUUAGAACAGGCAAGGAAAGAAUUAUUGUUAGCCAAACCUGUGACUGGACGAGAGAUGUCGUUGUCUAAGCUUUUACUGAAUGCUGACUUUAUACCAGGUGAUGUUGGGAAAGCAGGACAAGAGCUAAUAGCUUGCCAGGGCCUGUAUUUCACUGUUUGUAAUUUGGUAGGAGCAUUUGUAGAUCACCAGAACCAAGCCUAUGCUAAAGUGAAAGCUUUAGAGGAUGAGAUAGAAUCACAUAGGAGACAUAUACUGACACUAAAGAGAGAACUCAGUGAUGCUGUGAGGAGGGAGUAUGAAGAAGAGCCUCAGAUACCUACCAGAGAUUGUCAUAAAGGUCAUAGUGAAGAAGACUUCUUUGACUCCACGAGUGCUGAAUUCUUGCCUAUAAAAGAAGAUUCAGAUAUUUCCUUUGUUGCUGCUAAAGCAGCCACUCCCAAAACUAGCAGUAAGAAAACUGAUAAGUCACCUAAAUACAUGACACCAACUCGUUCAUCCAGAUCACAUGUCCGUCCUAAAGCUUUUGAACCACAUGGACGGUAGUUGUUAUUUUGAAUGAGCUUACAGUGAAAUUCAUUGACUGUUACAGGGAAAUCUAUAUUAUCUGUGAUAUUACAAAGAACUAUGCCAUAGUUAUCAUUAUAUUUGCCACCUAAAGAUUGUUAUUAUUUCAAUGUGCUUGAUUAUCUGGCUUCAACAUUGGAUUAAGGUGGAGCUGUAUAUAUCCAUAAGAUAUUUCUAAAUUAUGGAAAGAAAGUUAAAUUCAUUAUGUCAGAUCGUCCAAUUUUUGUCGAGCCUGCGACUUUUGUCGCAGAAAGCUCGACAUAGGGAUAGUGAUCCGGCGGCGGCGUAGUUAGCUAACUUCUUAAAAGCUUUAUAUUUUAGAAGGUGGAAGGUCUGGAUGCUUCAUACUUUGUAUAUGGAUGCCUCAUGUUACGAAGUUUCUGUCAGUCACAUGUCCAAUGUCCUUGACCUCAUUUUCAUGGUUCAGUGACUACUUGAAAAAAAAGUUCAGAUUUUUUGUAAUGUUAAAUUCUCUCUUAUUAUAAGUAAUAGGAUAACUAUAUUUGGUAUGUGCGUACCUUGCAAGGUCCUCAUGCCCGUCAGACAGUUUUCACUUGACCUCGACCUCAUUUCAUGGAUCAGUGAACAAGGUUAAGUUUUGGUGGUCAAGUCCAUAUCUCAGAUACUAUAAGCAAUAGGUCUAGUAUAUUCGGUGUAUGGAAGGACUGUAAGGUGUACAUGUCCAGCUGGCAGGUGUCAUCUGACCUUGACCUCAUUUUCAUGGUUCAGUGGUUAUAGUUAAGUUUUUGUGUUUUGGUCUGUUUUUCUUAUACUGUAUGCCAUAGGUCUACUAUAUUUGGUGUAUGGAAUGAUUGUAAGGUGUACAUGUCUAGCGGGCAAGUGUCAUAUGACCUUGACCUCAUUUUCAUGGUUCAGUGGUCAAAGUUAAGUUUUUGAGUUUUGGUCUUUUUUUCUAAUACUAUAUGCAAUAGUUCAACUAUAUUUGGUAUGUGCGUACCUUGCAAGGUCCUCAUGCCCGUCAGACAGUUUUCACUUGACCUCGACCUCAUUUCAUGGAUCAGUGAACAAGGUUAAGUUUUGGUGGUCAAGUCCAUAUCUCAGAUACUAUAAGCAAUAGGUCUAGUAUAUUUGGUAUAUGGAAGGAAUGUAAGGUGUACAUGUCCAACUGGCAGGUGUCACCUGACCUUGACCUCAUUUUCAUGGUUCAGUGGUUAUAGUUAAGUUUUUGUGUUUUGGUCUGUUUUUCUUAUACUAUAUGCAAUAGUUCAACUAUAUUUGGUGUAUAGAAAUAUUUUAUGAUCUAUUUGGCAGUCACGCAGGUUUUAUUUGACCUUGACCUCAUUUUCAAGGUUCAUUGCUCAGUGUUAAGUUUUUGUGUUUUGGUCUGUUUUUCUUAAACUAUAAGCAAUAGGUCAACUAUAUUUGUUGUAUGGAAGAAUUGUUAGCUGUACAUGCCUGCCUAGCAUGGUUCAUCUGACCUUGACCUCAUUUUCAUGGUUCAUUGGUCAAUGUUUAGUUUACUUGGUUAAUGUUAAGUUUAUGUGACAGUUGUAAUAAAACUUUAUAUUUAGGACUAUCAACAUAGUAUCAAUGAUUAGAAAAGAAGGCGAGACAUUUCAGCGUGUGCACUCUUGUUGACAUUAUAUAAAAUGUGUGAAAUGGUUCAAACUUAUUUUUGUGUAAACGUUAAUUGGCCAUGUGUUUUUAUAUGAAUCUGGCAGCAGCUCAAUUUAAAUCAAUUCCUCAAGAAAUGUCUGUUUGACUAAGUCAAAUCUAAAAUGUAGUCGGCUACUAUUACAAACUGUAUUGCAUAAGUUUGGAAAAAAUAUUAUUAAUAUUGAACUGGAUCAAAUCACAUUUAUAAUGGGUCAAAGAUAAUUUACAGGAAUAUAAAGUAUGCUAUGUCAUUUACAGAUACUUGAUUCGAAGCAUUCAUCCAAAAGGCCAGUUUCUCAAAGCUUAGUUCAACAUUUCUGUAUUAUAAAGUACAUAAAAAAGUCUCAACAUAUUACAUGUAUUUUGCUAUAAUGUGUGGACAAAAUAGUGUUUAAAUGGAUAGAAUAAGAAACGAAGCAGGCUGAAAUAUUCUACUCGUAUUAUUAGAAAAAUAUCAAAUAUUUUAAUCAGGAAGUUAGAAAAUAAUUAUCCAUAGUUCAGUGCCAAUGUAUACAACGAUCAUGUAGAGAAGUAUUAAAGUAGAAGAAUGAGAAAUGUAUAACUUAAUUGUCUUUACAAACAAAAGAUAUUCCAAAAUAAAUAUGUAUAUAUUUAAUAGGCUGAUUACAAAUUGAACAAACAACAUUAUGUUUAACUACAACAAGUGUUUUAUGCAAAUUUUAUAUUCUUUGUAAUAAAGAUUUGUACAGAAAUGCACAAAGUGGAUAUUACUGAGAAUUUCUGUGAUAUUAUUUAUAUUUUAUUUUGUUCAUUUAUUUAUUGUUUUUCAGUACAUUCCCUCCAAAUCUUGUAGUUAGACUUUGUCCAAAAAAAAAAGGAAAUUCUGUCAAAAUCAUGUGAAUGUACUAUUAACUCUGAAAUAGUUUAGUUGGUUUUUUUUUUACGAAAAAGCUUUCAAUUGAGUAUUAUAUCUAUUAUGUCAAAUCUUUUUUCAAUAAGCAUUAAAAGUAGACCACAGCAAAAAGAAGGAGACAUUGUAACUCUGAUUUGGCUUUUGGAAAAAAGUAUAAAAGAAAACAGAGUAAACCGAAGUUCUUCUUUAAAGUAUAGUUGAACCUAAAUUAUUGUAGCUUAUCUUUUCGGGUCACUUUUGUUGUUGUGGCUCCUUUAUUACAUGAUUGUGGCAUCAUAUUAGAAAAAAACAGAUCAUUAAAGUUAAGCUUUUGAUAUUUUUUGUUAUUUUUCACAGGGUUUUUAUUUUCAUUUUGCAUUUUAAUGCAUUUAGUUGAAUUUCUGCAUUUAUUUUUAUGUGAAGGUUGUUCAUAUAUAAAUGUUUCUUUUUGUUUUUAUAUUAUACAUCAUAAUUUUUGUUAGGUGACAUACCUAUUAGUUUUUAAUUAUAAAUGAAUUAUUGUAAACUGUGAAGACAAUUAAAAAUAUCAAAAUAAAAGUAUUGAAUCACUAUUAAAAUUCACAAUAAGGCCGCAAAUAAACUCUGAACAGUUAAUUGUUGAAAAAUUUCAAAUUAAUUUUCAAAUUGUUUUUAAUAAAUAACUGUAAGCAAUAAGAAUCUGCUGAAAUAUGGAAUUUACAAGUUCAUUUGAAUUUUGAAUAAUUUUCAUGGAAUUGACAUGAUUUUUUAAAAACUUUUUAGAAUUGAAUACGAAAAUUUUGAAGUUUUUUUAAAACUAUUUCCUUGGUUUGUUUUGUGGUACAUGUGGUUUUUUUUUAGAAUAUUUCAGAUAAACUACAUGUUGAUAUUAUCAAAAUGAAUUUAGAUUAGAACUAAGAUUAUGUAGGUUACAUCUAAGUUACUGAUUAUUAUGUAAACAAUCAUUAUUAUGAUGUGUAAUCAAAAUAAUAAAAGCAUUAUAUUUCCAGGCAAA